AUGGCUCUUACAUCGUUGAUCCAAUUCGCUGCUUGCUCAGCAACUGCGCUUUUACCGUCUGUACAAGCGGCCACUUCGUCUUCCUUGGCUCUCAAGAUUCGCGAAGGUGGUGUUGGCGUAUUGGACAUUGCGAUCCCGCCGAAUCGCAAAGACGACAGGUACUACACAGGCCAGAGCUUGCCCGUUCUGUUAGAUACCGGUUCUGCGGAUCUGUUUGUGGCUUCGACCGAAUGCCCCACGACAGAUGAAACAAGUGGCUGCUUUGGACUGCCGGAGCAGUUUGUGAUCGAUAACAAUACACGUCUUGUCCCAAACGAGUCUUUCUAUACAAUCGUUGGAGAGGGGCCGGUAAGUGGAAAUCAGAGUCUCUUGGACGUUGGACUGGGCGGCAUAACCGCGGACAAUUUCGCCACGGGACUUAUCUACGCGGCGGCAUACUUCAACCAUCGUCCCCCGCUGUUCGACGCGCUCGUCUCUGGCGGCAUUGUGAAGAAACCUGUUUUCUUUAUAGGCCUGCCGCGCCUGGGUGAUCCUGACUCCAAGCCGGUGGGCAAGUUGACGCUGGGUGACAUUGAGCCGGAGUACGCGGGACUCGACAUCACAUAUAGUGAUAUCAUCAACAGCACAAACUAUAACUACGAUGACUUGCCUCUCCAAGCUCAAGGCUGGGCCAUCGAGUUGCAAGGGCUGCGCGUCAACGGCGUGACCGUCAACCUAACCAGGGGUCUUCUCGACGAUGCUGGUCGCUACAUGUCUCUCUUGGACACGGGAAGCUCCGACAUUCUCGUCCGGUAUGACGAGCUUGUGGCCAUUGCCCAGCUCUUCAACGGGACAGAGAUGUACGUGUAA